AGACAUCGAUCGUUUUCCUUUUGAAAUGCAGGUUCAGGGACGUCAGUAGGCAUCAGUUAUAGCACCCACUUUGUGGGUUACUUACCCCGCCCAGUGGGGGUAUGGUCUAGUAUGGGUCUAGACAUGGACAAUUGUCCUCGCUUCGUCCAUUGUCUGGAGCAUUUUCGGAGAAUGUCCGAUCUCUAUUCGAAUUAUGCCGAUCAAAAGGCAUAUCAGUUUCGUUAAAGAUGGACCUACAUGUUUGGACUAGGAUGAGCAUGGUCUAUUACCUUCUUGGGAUAACGGUGGGUUAAUCAGAAACAUUUUAUUUCCUCUGGGACAGGAAUGAGAGACGAGCCUUACAUAUCGAAUGGCUAUUGGAAUAUCCAUCACUACAUAAGAUACAGCUGGCAUAAGACGAGAUGAGAUGCAUCACGCUUUGACCUCUUGGACCAUAUAUCAGUUUACUAAUGGCUGUUGUCGUCAAAAUUCCAAGCAGCAGUUGUCUUGGGAGGAAUGGGGGCAUCCCUGAUGCGGAGGAUGUUAAACUUGUCGGCAUGGAUGGUUCAUCCAGUCUUCCACGUUAUCGGCAAUGAUGAUGGGAGCGUUCCUUUUCUUCAUGAAGAUGCGGAUUUCGUGACACAAGCUCCGGCGAUAACUCAAUUAAAAAUCAGAAUGUUUAAAUCAAAGCUACUUAUAACCUAACCUAACAUGUAACGUAGGCCUUUACACUAAACAAACUGUUUAUCCGCUCUUCGUUCUCAAUCAUGAACUCUUGCAAUCAGACGUACAGCCUUUGCCCUGAUUAUGUUUCCAAAGAAACCAAGGAGGAAAAAACACAACCCCCCCCCCCAAAAAAAAAAGUCGGGUCACCUGACGCAUGCUACGUAAUACGCCCCAUACAAAGUACACAUGAUGAAGGCCACGGAAUAAAAAGGUUUUUUGGUAAUUGUGAAUCUAUAGUUUUCCUAAUUCUUCGUAGUCUAGUCAUUUGCACACAGAAGUCCGUUGGCUCUUUAUGGGACUGAAGACAAACGCUCGAAAGGUCACUCGAAACGUCAGGAAUACAACGGUCAAGUCUUUAUGUGCGGUAGAGGAACUCAAUGACAUCUCACUCUUAAACAGUGAGCAAAGGAGAACUCUGGACGCCCAGGUCCUUGUAGAUGAUGCUCACAAAUUUAUAUAUUGCUUCGUACCGAAAGUAGCUUGCUCUAACUGGAAGCGUGUCAUAAAAUACAUGAACAACAAGGUGCCUGACUUGGAGACACCGAUGAAGAUGGACCAUAAAAAAGACUUGGUCUUUCUACGUGACUUCAGUGAAGAGGAAGUACGGUAUCGACUGAAGAAUUACUACAAGUUUAUGUUUGUCCGGGACCCCACUGAAAGGCUGUUAUCGGCAUACCGUAAUAAGUUUGGUGAGAACAUAGGGUCGUACAACUCUAAGUACGGCCCGCAGAUCAUUAAGAAGUACAGGAAACCCGGUACGCUGAUUGAGGGGUCUGAUCAGUCGAUGAUAACUUUCGAGGAGUUCUUGCGGUUCCUGGUGGACAGUGACUACCGUAGGAUGGAUCCCCACUGGAGACCUAUGCACGAGCUUUGCCAGCCAUGCGCCAUGAAAUACGACUUCAUAGGAUCCUUCGAGCAGUUGUCCGAAGAUGCCACCUUGGUUAUCAACAAGGUUCGUGGGAGCAGUGACGCGUAUUUCCCAGCGAGACAAAGCUGGUACAAACCCACGACAGAUGAUAAGAAGAAACAACAGUUGAACAAUGUUCACCCCACCUACAUGAAACAGGUCGUAGAUAAGUAUGCGCGGGACUACAUACUAUUUGGCUAUCCACCACCAGUUUCUGACGUAACAAGGCCGAAGGGUUUAUGAUUGUCACCCUCAAGAAAUAUGAAUUUAUAUUUAUUGUGUGUCUUUUAAUCUUUGAGCAUUCAUUUUGGUGAAUGCGUCGCUUACGAUUGGAAUUUGUGAUAUACUAUUUGAAUAUUAAUGUGGUCAGCUACAAUUAAACCAAAGAUAUAACUCCACGAUCGCAACUCUGUCGCACUUGGCCUAAUCACCAUGACCUCAAAGAAUUUAUCAACUCUCAAGUUUAUGAAUAGGCCUAGUCAUCACCACGCAUGUAUCAUCAGAGAACUCUUAAUCAAUACACAUGUCAGCCUGACCAGGAAAAAUAUCGGACGUUCCCCAGUUCUCCCGGAAAUAUGAUUGGUAUGCACACGCCCCUAUUCCCUUGAUGUUUGACCCUGGAUACAGAAAGACAUCAUGAUUGCCCUGUAUGAACAGCAGCUAUUGUACUGGGUGAAGAAAGGACUAGCGGCUGUGAGGGACACCACUGUCAAUUGUCUGGAGACUGACUUUGGGUCGAGUGUUACUCCAGAGAUGUCGAGGAACAUUCCCUAACUUGGGAUUCUCAUCCAUACUGAUGACGCGUCGCCCCGGGCAACAAACCCGUUGAUAUCUUGACUUUGAAGGGUAGUUUCAAGUAUGCGGUUUCUUACCAAGACGCUAAUGGAUCAAGCUGCCCAUCACUGUUUUCUUAUGGAGCAUUUGAUCCUCGCUGUCCUAAUGCAUUUGGGUAAUGUGCCCAUGACAUAUCGGAUUGCAAGAAGACGCACCGUCGCGACGCGUCGAUGCAAGACAACCAAAAUCAGAUACAAACUUAUUGGUCAAAGAUAAUCGACUUUUCAAAAAGGAUGAGUCAUUAGUGGUUGGGGAUGUUCGCAGUGUAUUAUUUCGGCCAAAUAAUUGUAACUGAAAUUUGUUUCUUAUGAUGUUUAUUAUCCUUCGAUUGGGAAUGUUCAGAGCAUACAGACGUAGUUUAAACAAGAUAGCUUUAGUUGAAUCUAAAAUUGACUUAUACUUAUAGAGCCUUCAUUUUGUGAAAUGCAGGCCGGUAUACAUGUAUAAAUUUUGAUUUCGGAUAUCACCGCUACAUAAUUUCGUGAUCAUUCCAAAUCAACGAAAGCAAUGAUAUAAAUUUUCGUAAGAUAUCAUGAUUUUUGUUCAUGUGUGUGUUUAAGUUUCUAUUAUCACAGUUUGGAUGGUAUACCUCUAAAUUAGCAAUAUGGUAAAGGUGUAUGUCGUACGUAUUCUGGUGAAAUUUGAAACUGUUAGUUAAUCUCAAUUUAAUGGUAGGGACGGGUCCAGGAUAUGUAAAAAAGGGGGAGAGUGGUACUUGAAGUGUCAUUUGAUUUUUUCAGAAUUAUUUUGCAAGCAAAAAAACAAACAAAACAAAGAAACAAACAAAAACCGAUACCAUUGGUUCUCAGAAAGAGCCGGGUUUGCACCACGACUUAAAAAAAAUUGACAAACAAACUUUCCCUAAGUCGUCCUCGCUCCGAAAAAAACUUUGCCUAUUUGAAUUCAAAAGAGCAAAAACAUUGCCCAAAAACGUUGGACACGUGCCCCCUAGCUGUGUCCCUCGGAUUAGCCCUUGUCGAUAAAUCUCAAUAGCCAACUUACAUUGAAUAUUUUUACAAUGUACACAAACGGGUCAUAUUGGCAUGACACUGUCUUGCAAAAUGUCACGUUACAUAAGAUAACUUGCUAUGGCGUAUUUGCAAAAAAAAAAUCCAGAUAUGAAACAAAAAAUGGCGGAAUUGGCGGAAACGCUUUUCAGAAUGAUUGCGCCAAACGUCGUAUUGGGUUAUAAUGGGUCGCCGUUUUGGGGUGAGGUUUACAUGUUAUACGUUAUUUGGUGGUCAUCGAAGCAAUUUUAUCAGGCAUAUUACCAGCGAGUAUUUCCAAUGGUUACUGUUGUUAGUAAAUGUGUUAUUCGUUCAAGCAUUGCAGUACUCAUUUGGAUGUUUAUUAAUGUUUGAUUAAUGCUAUAUAUUCUAAUAAAUUUACCAAUUUAGAUUCAGUGGUGUCAAUAAUUAUUGUGUAUGAAAAUUAUGUAAAUGAAAAUGAUUAAAACAUGAAUCGAAAUGAUGCUAAAUAAUGUAGUUAAUACAAAUAGGUCUUGGCAUGAUUGAUGUAUUCACAGAGACAGUCUAGUUCAUAAAAUCAUGGUUUUGUGACGACAGCAAUAGGCAAGAUGCACAAUCAGAAUAAUGUGUAUAAACCUUUUCUCAAUGCCUGGUGUAUAGGCCUAUUACCAUUUAACGAAAACAGAAGAUAUAAAGUUAUGGCUUGCUUUUAAAUAAAUACUUAAUACAGUAUGUAAGAUUGUGUUUCGAAAUGGGCUAGAAGAAAACACAUAUAUGUACAUAUUUAAUUACAAUAUUUUGGGUUCAUUUCAAAGUAUUUUACCCCCUUAAAUUUGAAUUCGUACAUUUCGUAAAAGUUAAAUUGUGAUGUUUUACUUACCAUAUUUAUGUGUUAUGUGUCAACGCUUGGAUGACCAAGAGGUAUUCGUUGCAGGGAUGAAAAUUUUGAUUUGUGCCAAAGUAAGACAUGAUUGCAAUGAAUGAAUCCAGAUGUCAAUGACGUAACACGGUGGCAUUAUAAUUGUUCAAUAAACACAUUUUAGUAUCAAUUCUCAAGUUAAUUUCAUUGAAAAUGGAUCAGCAAAUAUGUUUAUAACUCAUGUAUAUACGAUUAUGACAUCACUGGCAUCUAGAUUCAUUCAUUGCAGUCAUGCCUUACUUUGUCACAAGUCACAAUUACAUCACCGCAAAGAAUACCUACUGAUCAUCCAAGCGUGAGGAAAUACAUCAUGAAUAUGGUAUCAAAUUAUUUGGGAGAUGAAACUCUUUCCAGCAAUGCAAUAAUUAUGCAUUCAUGGCAUAUUUUUCCUUAAAUUGGGAUUUGUGAGGUGUCAAGGUGUUUUUUUAACACACGGUAUAUUGGCUUUUACACCGGCCAGACUGGACUACACCUGUAGAUGAAUAUAUUCAUAUAUACAUUCAUAUGCUAUUAUACUAAAUUUCUGGGGCUGUUUCACAAAACAGCUCGUAAAGUUACGAAUGAUUUUACAAUCGACUGGAAUAUGGCAAGCCUAAUGGAUGUGAUAAAGGGGAGUAUAUCCUUAUGUCAAAAGGGUUUUUAUGCAGGCAGGACAAUAAAGAAAUUAAUGAUAUCAAUGGAAAUUGAUUUUCAGAACAGCUCUUAUUUUUUAAAAUAAUAUUUCGGCAGUUCAUAGUGGUAAAGACGUUCAUAACUUUAUGAGUAUUGUGGUUAAUAUGAAAUAGACACCAAUCCUCUACUCUACAUGUCACGUGACAUAAUGAUAGUCCAAGACUCCAGGUUGCAAUUAGAUAUUGCCUACAGAAAAUUUGGUUGAAAAGCAAGAUGAACUAGUCCCGUUUUAAAGGAAACGUCCGCCCCAACAUAAAAGUUGGUUUUGAAUGAAAAGAGGAAAAUCAAAUGAACAUAAUGCUUAUAAAUUCAUCAAAACUGGAUGGGAAAUACAUAAUAUGUCUGAAAAUAUUGUUACGUUAUUGUCCACAUUCCGGUUUGUAUGCAAAUGAGUGAACUGAUAUGACGUCAUCUACUAACGUAUCUUAACAAUUCCUAAAAUGCAAAAAAUGGCAUAUUGUAUAGUUCAUAAAAUAAACUAUCAAAUAAAUGUGUGAAAUCGCCGAUUCUUUUAUUUGCAUAAAAACGUUUUGUUCAAAUAAUUAUUAUUCGUUAAUUAGCAGAACUUAAAAUUUGUAAUCACUUUCCGAGUUUAAGUUCAAUUUUUAAGAAAUUAUCAUCGUUAAGCUUGUUUGAUUCUUCUCAUUUAUUUUGUGUAUUCAAAUCCCCUUUUUGUUUGGAUGGACUUGACCUUUACAUAUUUGGAUCUUUGCAGUUAGAAAGUGGAUCACAUGACAAUAAAUAUACAUUUGUUGGUUAUUUCGUGGUCUUCACUGGUUUGAGAAUUUGCAUUUAUCUAACGUCCACUUGAAUCUGGUACAGCUACGAUCCGUAGGUAUAAAUGUAUAGGCCAAUUAUGAAGCCAUUCGAGGCAAUUUAGGUUAAAAAUCACUCGCAAAGAGUGAAGAAUCAUGACAGAAAUAAAGCAGUAGGCUAAUACCUCAGUCACAUUUCGCCUACGGCGGCUGUACAGCGAGUCGAAAAAGCCGUUUUAACAUUUUUGUACCAGCUACAUAUAUAGGUGGUUAGAAUAAACUUGAAUAAAAGGGCUGUUUUCGACUCGCCUCACGGCCGCCGUAGGCAUGGUAGGAGAAAUUUGACUGAGGUAUUAUGACAACAUAGACUUUCUGUAUUCCACUGUGACAAAUGCCUUUCAAGCUGAUGGUCAUUGUGUUCUCAUUCUUCAUUCUGUGAAACUUAGACUUGAUAUAAUUAUUCAAAAGUCUAAAAACAUAUUUGAACUAAUAAAUAUUUUUACGAAAUAAAAAUU